GCCUCAUACAAGCUUCAAGGAAAAACAGUCCCCUUCGCUGGUGAACGAGGUAACAGGACAAUUUGUUGAGAAGGUAAGCAGCCAUUAUGGCGUCUAUCCACAACGGAAAAGAAGAGGACGGCCACCGCUCAGGAUCCACCGCUCCAAGUGCUGAGAAGAGUGAGAAACCGGACAACACAGCCUUUAAACAGCAGCGACUUCCAGCCUGGCAGCCCGUCCUCACAGCCGGGAGCGUGGUGCCUGCCUUCUUCAUCAUCGGGCUCCUCUUCAUCCCUAUUGGCAUUGGACUCUUCAUCACAUCCAACACUAUGAAAGAGUUCGAGAUUGAUUACACUGGUGUUGAGAGAGACAGUCCGUGUUUCAGCUGCACACAGCUCUUCAGUUUGAACAGCACAUGUGUAUGCUCUGUCCCUUUCACACUACAAGAAUCAUUCGAGGGCAAUGUAUUUAUGUACUAUGGACUGUCAAACUUCUAUCAAAAUCAUAGACGAUAUGUCAAGUCAAGAGAUGACCGGCAGCUAAAUGGAGACACAUCUGCCUUAACUAAUCCCAGCCAGAAUUGUGCACCAUAUAACUAUAAUAACAAACUGCCUAUAGCACCAUGUGGUGCUAUAGCCAACAGUCUUUUUAAUGACACAUUAAAGCUGUUUUACAUCCAAGAGAAUGGGAAUAUAACUAGAAUUCCUCUUAUAAAGAAAGGCAUUGCUUGGUGGACUGACAAGUAUGUUAAGUUCAGGAACCCUUCAGGAUACAACUUUACAACAGCAUUUCAAGGUACUACCGGGCCUAUCAGCUGGCCCAGGCCUGUCACUGAGCUAGAUCCCACUGACCCUGAUAACAAUGGCUUCAUUAAUGAGGACUUCAUAGUGUGGAUGAGAACAGCUGCUCUUCCCACCUUCAGAAAAUUGUACCGCAUGAUCCCGAAGAACAACCAGGCUCCAACACUUCCCCGUGGCAACUACACACUGGAAAUUACUUACAACUACCCGGUGAUUAAUUUCGACGGCCGCAAACGCAUGAUCCUCAGCACCAUCUCCUGGAUGGGUGGGAAAAACCCAUUCCUAGGCAUUGCUUACAUGACUGUGGGUUCUAUCGCCUUCGUUCUGGGGCUGGUGCUUCUGGUUAUCCAUUAUAAAUAUGGCAACCGCAACAACAAUGCUGAAAUCCCCAACUAAGGUCUCGACACUACUUUGACUGAUUUGUGAGCCAUCUUCUUGCCUUGGGAUUUAUGCAUAUAUAUAUAUAUCCUGCUGCUGCACAACGUUCCCUUGCUGUUUGCCUUUUGCCGUUAUCUCAUACAAGAUUUUCAUCCUGUAUGCAUACGUGAUGUCCAGAGGGACAUCUUUAAUUUAUUGUCCUCUGACUGAAAUUUUUGUGUCUGUGCUAUGUGUUUUGAGUAUUUAUGUACUAUAUGUGAAGGGCAUGUAAUAGUAAUGUUUGUCAGUAACAUCCUGUGCAGAUUAAAAAAAAUAUAUUAUACACUAGUUAAACACUAUUAUGAAGGAGCCUUGAGAUCUUGAUACACUGCGAAGUGGACUUUGUAGGCAUGAAGUAGAUAAUAUAAAUCAGCACUGUGCAGUGGUAUUGGAUUCAUGAGAGGAAAUGAUAAACUUAGUUUCCAAAUAGUUUUCUGACAUUUAGUCAGUGACUUUAGAAUUGAAAGAUUGUUACAGAACAUGUGGAUUUCCGGCAUGCAACAGGUAAUAGACUGUUUUAGAUUAAUUAUUAAAUCUUACACACUUGCACAGACUGUUAUCCUAACCCUGAAGGAAUCUCAUAACUAAUUUAUGUGAGAGUCAGUGUCUACUUGUGUAUCACAUUGAAAGCAUAUUUAGAAAUGUUACAUCUUGGAUUGUUAAGCAUUUAAAUAUUAUUGCUUAGUUUAACAAAUGGAUUGCUGCUUGGAACUUCUGCCCUUGUUCAGGGCUACGCUUUACCUCUCUCAACUUUGACCAAAGAUAUGGGGUAGGCUCACUGGCUGUCUGCAAAUAAAUCUAUUAUAUUUUA